CCAUAAGACCUCAACAACACAAUUCCCAUGACCCCACAAAAUGUUGUCUCUUAGCUUACUUCUGUUAGCUUUGAGUUGAUCAACAGAUAUAGAUGCUUGUGACAAAUGCGUGAUAGAAUCUCUCUCCCUCUGAUUCAGAUUCAAAGCUUGAUGUUAAAAAGAGUCUUUACAUUGCCAAAGCAUAGAGACAUUAAAUGUACACAUUCACACACAAAUACACAAAACAAAGUGUCAAUUAAUAGCACUAGCUGUAAAAGAAUAAUCUGUAAAAUAAGCGAGUGCUGAGUAAAAACUACAGAAUCCUGCAUUCGGUCCCUUUCUCUCUCUCAUCAGCUGUAGGUCACAUGACUCACGCUGCUGGCGCUCACUGAGCAUGCUCAGUUCACUGUGUUGUCAGGCAAAAAAUAAGACAGCACUGGAAGCAGAGAUCUGCAAUGAUAAACACACACACAGCAGAGAGAGAGAGAGAGAGAGAGAGGCUGAGCAUUAGAAUGGAGGACUGUUACUAGAGAAGAGUGUUCUCUUUUUGCUUUAUUUCUUCUGUUUUGAUAUUAAGAGCAUCGUUUUGGGCGGUGGAUGUGUUGAGUCUGGCGGUCGGUCUCUGCUGCAUCCUCUGAAGAAAGUGGCGUGUGAAUCUGCCGAUGUGUCUCCACGUGAGAGCUGCUGCUGCUUCGCUGCUGAUGUGAAAUGGACGAGAGGAGCUUCAUGCGGUCUGAAACACGUCUGUGACGCACCAGAGCCAAUGGAUAUUAAAGGUCAGGUCUGGACUGAUGAGGACUCUGAUGGUGAGAAUGAACCUGAGCAGUUUCUCUACGGCAUUCAGGGGAGCUGUGCAGCCGAUCUCUACCGUCACCCGCAGCUGGACGCUGAUAUUGAGGCUGUAAAAGACAUUUACACGGACAGCGCCGUGUCUGUCAGAGAAUAUGGCACGAUUGAUGACGUGGACAUCGACCUACAAAUCAACAUCGGCUUUCUGGAUGAGGAGGUGGCGACCGCGUGGAAGGUGAUCCGAACGGAGCCCAUCGUUCUCCGUCUGCGCUUCUCUCUCUCGCAGUACCUGGAUGGACCAGAACCGUCUGUGGACGUGUUCCAGCCGUCCAAUAAAGAGAGCUUCAGUUUGGGUCUUCAGCUGAAGAAGAUCCUCAGUGCGUUCACGGCUCAGCAGUGGAAACAUCUGAGCAAUGAGUUCCUCAAAGCUCAACAGGAGAAACGACACAGCUGGUUUAAAGCCGGAGGAACCAUCAAGAAGUUCCGCGCUGGACUGAGUAUCUUCUCUCCUAUCCCUAAGUCUCCCAGUUUCCCUCUGAUCCAGGACACGGUGUUGAAAGGCAAACUGAGCGUUCCGGAGCUCAGAGUGACUCGACUCAUGAACCGUUCCAUCUCCUGUACCAUGAAGAACCCUAAAGGAGAGCUGUACAGUUACCCUCCGAACAGUCAGGCGGGCGGACAUUGCAAGAACAUCCCCACGCUGGAGUACGGCUUCCUAGUGCAGAUCAUGAAAUACUCCGAGCAGCGUAUCCCCACUCUGAAUGAGUAUUGUGUGGUGUGUGAUGAGCAGCACGUCUUUCAGAACGGAUCCAUGCUGAAGCCUGCGGUGUGCACGAGAGAACUGUGCGUGUUUUCAUUCUACACACUGGGUGUGAUGUCUGGAGCGGCUGAGGAGGUGGCCACCGGCGCUGAGGUGGUUGAUCUGCUGGUGGCCAUGUGUCGAGCUGCCCUGGAGUCGCCCCGCAAGAGCAUCAUCUUUGAGCCGUACCCGUCUGUGGUCGACCCUACUGACCCCAAAACACUCGCCUUCAACCCCAAGAAGAAGAAUUAUGAGCGUCUACAGAAAGCUCUUGACAGUGUGAUGUCUAUACGAGAGAUGACACAGGGCUCAUAUCUGGAGAUUAAGAAGCAGAUGGAUAAACUGGACCCGUUGGCUCAUCCCUUACUGCAGUGGAUCAUAUCCAGUAACAGGUCUCAUAUCGUGAAGCUUCCUCUCAGUAGGCAGCUGAAGUUCAUGCACACAUCACAUCAGUUUCUGCUGCUCAGCAGUCCGCCGGCUAAAGAAGCUCGGUUCCGCACCGCCAAGAAGCUCUACGGCAGCACCUUCGCUUUCCAUGGUUCACACAUUGAGAACUGGCACUCUGUUUUGAGGAACGGGCUGGUAAACGCGUCAUACACCAAACUACAGCUGCAUGGAGCAGCGUAUGGGAAGGGCAUCUAUCUCAGCCCUAUAUCCAGUAUUUCCUUCGGAUAUUCAGGUAGAUCUUCACCUGUGUCGUCCGUGUCGCCGCUGUGGAUUCACGUCUGCUCGCCUGUUACUCAUCUGAACACUCUCUCUCUCUCUCACACUCUCUCUCUCUCUCACACUCUCUCUCUCUCUCUCUCUCUCACUCUCACUCUCUCAGUGAUCACAUCAAAGGACCUGCAGAAACACGGGAAUAUCUGGGUGUGUCCCGUGUCCGAUCACGUCUGCACACGCUUCUUCUUCGUGUAUGAAGACGGUCAGGUGGGAGACGCGAACAUCAACACACAAGAGCCCAAGAUACAGAAGGAGAUCAUGCGUGUGAUCGGCACACAGAUUUACUCCAGCUGAGGGGAUUACCUGCAGACACGACCAGCAGCCUCAGAGCGGAGGUGAACACGGAGAGGAGCGUCUCUCUCUCUCACCUCUCGUCUCGUCCAUCUGUGUUUCUUUAUUCCCGUCAUGUGUGACUGUCAGAAGGACAUGAGAUGAAAGACGCAGGAGCGAACGGUCAUACGUUCUUCUUGCGCAAUAAACCCCGCCCACUGAGCGCUCUUUGACUUUUUCCAGAGCUGCUGUCAAUCAAAACCAUACAAACACCCGACUGGAGGAGACAGUCAGCUGAUGAAGUCGCUGGUUUUCUUUUCGACUCUGAUGGGCAGACUGAAUAUCUGUAAACAUGUAAAUGAUGUUUCUCGUUUGUCACAUGACUCAUGACAUGAAUGAAGAAUUUAUCUCUGGGUUUCGUGCUGAAGUCAAUUUCCUCUCUUCUGCUCUUCAGUCGCUUCAGACGCUCGCUCUGAUUUAUCAUGUUUACACUUCUGUCUUCUUCAUGGUGGACGUCACAUACAGUAUGUGUCUGUGGGUUCGGACUGGAAACUUCAACGUUUAAUAUUAUUUCUUCUCUCUCACAUCUUGGACAUUCCUGAGUAUUUAAAAGCCUUUUCUGCAGUAAAUAUUUACAGAUGAAUCCUGUUGUACGUACACUACAGACUCUUUAUCAUUAUAACUGUACGCUAUUAGUAGCAAACUCGUUUAAACAGAAGACUUGAUAUGAAACAUGAAUUGAGUCCAGUCGCUCAUGUGUUGAUUCUGUUUGUUCUGUUGGUGACCGCUCGUCUGGAGCAUUUGAGAGGUUCUACGUGGUUUUUUUUUGGAGUCAAGUGUGUGGGAUAUGACAGGUUUGUGUGUCGGGGAUGUUUACUGUACAUAUCAGCAAUGAAUGAUGAAGACCCAAUGAAUAAAGACAGGUUUUGCACAAGGUUGAUCUGUGUUUAAUGGCUUUGAUGUGCUGGGUUCAUUCAGAGAAAACAUAUUUCAGCAUGUGAUGCUCUUGCGUCUUUGACUGUAAAUGAGAAGGCACACGUUUUCUUUGCUAAAUCAUUGAAAUCUG